AUGGCGGUACUGCCCUCUCCGGCCCGCCGCAGGGCACCGAGCGACGCCUCUCUCCCGGAGACAGCCGGAGAGCAGCCGUGCGACAUCUGCAGAGCAAUUGAGUUGCUGGAAAAAUUACAGAGAAGUGGAGAAGUGCCACCACAAAAGCUACAGGCUUUGCAAAGGGUCCUUCAAAGUGAAUUCUGUAAUGCUGUAAGGGAGGUGUAUGAACAUGUAUACGAAACUGUGGAUAUCAGCAGUAGCCCAGAAGUUAGAGCUAAUGCAACAGCAAAGGCCACGGUAGCUGCAUUUGCUGCUAGUGAAGGUCAUUCCCAUCCCAGAGUGGUUGAACUACCCAAAACCGAAGAAGGUCUUGGAUUCAACAUUAUGGGAGGCAAAGAACAAAAUUCUCCAAUCUAUAUCUCUCGAAUUAUCCCUGGCGGUAUAGCUGAUAGACAUGGAGGCCUGAAACGUGGAGACCAGCUGCUUUCUGUAAACGGAGUGAGUGUCGAAGGUGAACAUCAUGAAAAAGCAGUAGAACUGCUGAAGGCAGCUCAAGGAAAGGUUAAAUUAGUUGUGCGAUACACGCCAAAGGUCCUGGAAGAAAUGGAGUCGAGAUUUGAAAAAAUGAGAUCGGCAAAACGCAGGCAGCAAAAUUAACAUUGUAUGCAAUAACUUAAAGAGAAAAUAUAUUCCAUUUACAUUU